CUUUUAAUGCAGCCGUUCUUUCUUCGUCAAUCUGUAGCAACUGCGUUGCAUGUUUAAAACGAGCCUAAAAAUCUCAAUGUAGAUGUUCAAUAACUGGGAUACGUAUUUGGGCGACACAUAGCUUAUAUAUGGACAAUUUACAUGCGUUUGUUGUAAAUAUGUGAAGACGGUUUAUGCUGUAAAGAUAAAUUAAACGACAUUGGCUGUGACUUGUUUUGUGAAUAAUGGAUACGAGAAAAAGUGGACUGGAGUGAUUUCAAGCCAUCUGCCCAUCCUGCCUUUACCAACACUUGGGUGAUUGGUGCCUGUGCCUGUUGUAGGCUGUACUUGUUUGUUCCUCAUCAUUGAGUCCUUAUGCUUGAAAGAAGCUGCACCCUGUGUUUUACAGAAUGGAUGAUGUUGACGUAAAGAGACUUUCGUAUCAAUAUCAGCACUCUGCGUUCAGCUGCAGUGUUCCAUCUUUUUCCACUUUCAAGAGGAUACCCCCCAUUUUGCAUCCCCAGUCUCUGCACUGUAUACAUAGAGACAGUCUUUAAGCCAUAGAGACGGCAGUGUAAGAUAGAAUUUCUGUGUCUGUCUUUUUACUUUUUGAAGCACAGACUGAAAUUGCUUAUACAUGCCUAUAUGGCAGACAUGGAAGUAUUCUGAUUUAAAAUUUUCAGUUAUUCCCUUAUUCCUUGUGUGGGUGGUGGGAUGUCGGAAAAGAUAGAUGACAAAAUGGUGAAGUUCCUGGCUCCCCCUCAUAAAAGUGGAAAUGGCCCCAGUUCUGGUUCGGAUUCAAUGGUGAAUGAGUGUCGGCCAACAGAAGUGAGACGCCGGCAUCACACCAUGGAGCGUGACCGAAUUAACCCAGAACAUCGUUUUUUACGUCGAAGUGUCAUUAGUGAUUCCAAUGCCACAGCUUUAGCCCUUCCUUUACCCAGCAAAAUCCCCAUCCCUGCACCUCAACGGGGUCAGCUACAGGAACCUGUUCUAAAGAGGCAAAAAGCUGCUGCUACUCACUUACCGAAGGCUGAACUAGAGAUAGCUCAAAAUGAGGUGUCUGGAGAUGGUGAAAGUGAACAAGGAAAGGAGAUAGAGAUAGCAAAGGCUGAUGUGCCUUCAGUGCAAGCGCCUUCAGUACAAGAUAUCCGUGAUGGAGUGGUGGUGGAUUUGGCCCACUCUGCACCAUGUCUAGGAACAGAAUUACCAAGUCAAACAGAACCUGAAAGCGCUAUUGAGGCAAAGUGCCAUGAGGAUGAGGGCGAGGAGGAAGAUAAGGAUUCUGCUAAAGCACGAGCAGAGGCAGAGCAAAGAGAACACGAGAAAAGAGUUCAAGAGGACAUUGAGGAAGCAGAGACCAAAGCUGUUGGAACAUCACCUGAUGGCCGAUUCUUAAAAUUUGACAUAGAAAUUGGACGUGGCUCCUUCAAGACAGUCUACAAAGGCUUGGAUACUGAGACUACAGUGGAGGUGGCUUGGUGUGAGCUUCAGGAUCGUAAGCUUUCGAAGGCAGAACGGCAACGCUUUAAAGAGGAAGCGGGGAUGUUAAAGGGACUACAGCAUCCCAACAUUGUUCGCUUUUAUGACUCCUGGGAGGGACCUUCAAAAGGAAGGAAGUGUAUUGUAUUGGUCACAGAAUUAAUGACCUCUGGUACACUUAAAACAUAUCUGAAGCGGUUCAAGGUGAUGAAAAUUAAGGUGCUCCGUAGCUGGUGUAGACAAAUCCUUAAAGGACUUCACUUUCUUCAUACCCGGGCUCCACCAAUCAUCCAUAGAGACCUCAAAUGUGACAACAUUUUCAUCACAGGCCCAACAGGAUCUGUCAAGAUUGGAGACCUGGGGCUGGCAACACUCAAGCGUGCAUCCUUUGCCAAGAGUGUUAUAGGUACCCCUGAGUUCAUGGCGCCUGAGAUGUAUGAGGAGAAGUACGACGAGUCAGUGGAUGUAUAUGCCUUUGGAAUGUGCAUGCUGGAGAUGGCCACCUCAGAGUACCCGUACUCAGAGUGCCAGAAUGCUGCACAGAUCUACCGCAGAGUAACCAGCGGAGUGAAGCCUGGCAGCUUCGACAAGGUGGCCAUUCCUGAAGUGAAGGAGAUCAUCGAGGGAUGUAUUCGCCAGAACAAGGAUGAGAGGUACUCAAUCAAAGACCUUCUGAACCAUGCCUUCUUCCAGGAAGAUACAGGUGUGCGUGUAGAACUGGCAGAAGAGGACGAUGGAGAGAUGGAGGCAAUUAAGUUGUGGCUAAGAAUUGAAGAUAUUAAGAAACUGAAGGGGAAGUACAAAGACAAUGAAGCUGUUGAGUUUUCUUUUGACCUGAUCAAAGAUGUCCCCGAGGAUGUUGCUCAAGAAAUGGUUGAAUCUGGCUAUGUAUGUGAAGGUGACCACAAGACCAUUGCCAAGGCCAUAAAGGACAGAGUGUCUCUAAUCAGUCGCAAGCGGGCACAGCGACAACAGGUCAGAGAAGAUCGUGAGAAAAGGCUUGAAGAGGAGAUGCAGGCCCAGUUACUGCUGGCACAGCAGCAAGGCCAACAAUCCACUAUAGAGAUGCCUCAUUCUCAGUCAGUGCCACAGCCCACUUAUGUUUCUCCACAAUCCAAUCAACACAGCACACAGAUGAGUGCCCAACCAGCAUCUCAGCAGAGCAUCCAGAGCUCUAACUAUAGCACUCCUCAAUCUAACCAAAUGACUGGCAUGUCACAGGGAGUCCCCUAUGUCCCGCAGUCAACUGGGAAAGUCCCAGUUCCACUUCAGAGUCAGAGUGUAACUGGCAUCCAAACAGAGACUGAGGAACCAGAGACCGACCAACAUCUGCAGCACACUGGAGGGGCAGCACGGGACACAGGAGACAGACAUUCUAGCUCCUCUGUUCUUCCUGAAGCCUUGCCCGCACAGCCAGGAGUAUCCUACAGUUCUCCUCCCAGUCAGCACCUUCAGCUUCAAGUGUCAUGUCUCCAGACACAAAAUGAUCCAGCACAGCAGCAGUCAUUGGGUCUCCAGUCUGAAGUUGUUCCUGGUGUAUCCAACACCCAGUCUGUUCCAGUGGUGCCUCCUCAGUAUGGCGUUCUCUACCAACCGUCGCCUCCCCCUCAGAUUCCCACUCAGCAAGUUGUGAUGCCCCCAUCUUCUCAGGCAUCUCUCCCCCAGCAGCCGCAGGAGAGCAGCACAGUACUGCCACAAGCACAGACUGGAGUUCAGCAGCUACAGGGUCCUGUGACUAUUCCUCAGUCAACACCAAUGGAGCCGCCAGCAGGGUCUUCUGCCUUGGUGCCACCAUCUGCAGAUAGCUGUCUGUCAGAUGCAGCAUCAGGUCUUAGUGAUGGUAAUGAUGGAAGUUCUACAUCAGGAGGUCGCCAUGAGGGGCGCUCACUAAAGCGCUACCAAAGACGAUCCGUACGCAGUCGCUCUCGCCAUGACAAGACCACUAAGGCCAAGCUAAAUGUUCUCAGUAUCUCUAAUGUGGGAGAUAGAGUAGCAGAAUGCCAGCUGGAAACGCACAACAGGAAGAUGGUGACCUUUAGAUUUGAUCUUGAUGGUGAUAACCCAGAGGAGAUUGCACAGAUUAUGGUUCAAAGUGAAUUCAUCUUGGAGAGUGAGCGCGAGUCUUUCAUUGAGCAGGUCCGUGAGGUCAUAGAAAUGGCUGAUGAGAAAGGAGAGGGUAUGAAGGAAGGCUUCCCACAGAUGAGUGAUCUCCAACAACAGCCUGAGCUGACUGUUCCCAUGAUGCCAGGCAUUUCUCCCAGCACUGCUGCACAGGUGGUUCAUUCGGCAGGGCGGCGGUUCAUAGUCAGCCCCGUGCCAGAGUCUCGUCUUAAAGAACAGUUCUUUGGUGACUCUUCUGCUAAUACGUCCUUUGGGGAUGAACCUGCCUCUGUUCCCAUGGGCCUUUCUCAUUCUGCUCCAUCCGGGGUCCUCCAGCAGGCUUUCAAUAAAAUGAAACAGGCUCGUGUUGACAGAAGCAACACCCUUGAUCUAUCUGCUGCUGAACAAGAACCGGUCACUGGCCCAUCCAGUGAGCCUGGGCCAAACUCUAAUACUAUCCUGUCCACUCCAGAAGCUGUGGCUUCCACCACCAGCACUGCUUUCCCAGCUGCCUCUCUCACAACUGCAGCAGCAUCCUCACCACCUCAGUCAGCUGGGAGGGUUUCGCCUCCACCAAUAAUAGUUCAGUCACAAACUGCAAUCAUCGAUCCAAGUCCACCACCCCAGUCUUCCCAUGAAACGGCUCACUCUCAGUCCCCACCAGCUGCUAGCAUCCCUACUUCAUCCUCCACCAUUUCCCCUCCUUCAGCACAGGCCUCCAUUCCCACAGUACCUGGGGCUCAGCCAAACGGUACCCCUGCCUCUGCUGUUGCUGGUGGUACAUCCGCUGUAGUUGGAACUGUCUCCACUUCAGAGCAGCAGCACUUUAAUAAUGCUGUUUCAUCUUCUCAGCCAAUAAAUUCGUCCAUCCAUGCUCAGCCCCCACCUCCCACCACAUUAUCCAGUCAGACCCAGGUUCAGUCACAGCUAGUGGACUCAGACGGGGCUGAGCAACAGUCUAAGACAGCUGGGAGAGAUGACAUCCAAGCCCUAGACAUGAAGUUACGAUCCCUUUUUAAAGACCAGAGCACCACCUCUUCGACAUCACUGGAUCCCAGUCAGAACACAGGGACCUCCUCUCCUCCCACUGGAACUUCGUCCCCCCCACCUGGAACCACGCUGGUUCCUCCAUCUAACCUUCCACUCAGUUCUGGAGUACAUGGUGUUCUGGGCUCCACAACCACACCAGCAGGACAUGCACAAACCCCUCCAUCUAAACCUAGGGCACAGACUUUGCCUACUGGUUUUGAUCAAGCUGCAACACCGCCCUCUGAAGUUGUACCCCCUUUCCCUGGACCAAAUCAGCAACCCCGGGGGAAUUUGGACACCGAGUUGAGGAGAGCUGCUAGUCCAGAGACCAUUCAGGGAGAUAACAAAGCUCAACCUCCAGCUUCAGGUUUCACCCGUGGACGUUUCCAGGUCUCUCUUGCAACUGAAGCUGCAUCCGGCAGUGCUCCAGAUCCGUCCAGUAUUGUUUCUUCUUCCUCCCUCACGCCAUCCUCUACUUCCUCCUCCUCUUCAUCUUCAUCGUCUUCUUCACCCUCCAGUCCAGAAAAUACCCUCCACCGGUCAUCGUCUUUGUCCAAAGUAGUUUCUGAAACUGAUGGAGUCUCAUCUGGUGGUGGUCCUGUCAGUCAACCCACAACUAUUGGACGCUUCCAAGUGUCCAAGAGUAGUGCCUCAUCUGUACCUGCCAUUGGCUCUAAAGUGGGACGAUUUUCAGUCACAGUGACCCCUGCACCGGCAGCAAGCUCCAGUCCAUCACAUGGCUCCAGUAUGCAAAAUGGACCCUCAUCCUCAACCUCAGACUUUCCUAAAACUCAUAUCCACAACAGUAGUGACAACGACAAUGACUCGGAAACAGAGGAUGAAGCGCUUCAGAAAGAAAUAAGUCGUCUGAGAGAAAAACAUAUGAUGGAGAUUCAGGCUUUACAGAGUCGUCAGAGAGAGGAGAUAGAUGCUCUGUACACACAAAUGGGAAAACCUGUUCCUCCAUCUGUCUUCUCACCUGCUGUGGCCAUGGCUGGAGGUCGACGUAGGCUCAAGAGCAAAACCUACAAAUCUCGUGGUAGCGGACAGCCCAGUCCUGUACAUUCAAUUAAAUUUUCAGCUCAGAGCCGUGGAUCUGAUUCGCCUCCAAAGCAGAGUUCACACUCUUCAACAGAAGCUUCGGAAACUGCCGUGAGCACCACGCCCACACUCAAAUUCUCUCCAUCUCUGCCGAGCCUCAGUAGUUGCUCCAUGGGAUCAAGUGGGACCAGUUCCACAAAUGGUUCAGGCCACUGUCAGAACAUCUCUACUUCCCUGUCUCAGGCCAGUGGAGCCGCUUCUUCUGCUUCUCAGAAUCAAAAGGGCAAGAUCACCUUCACCGAUGACUUCCACCAACUGGUGGAUAAUUGGGCCAGAGAUGCCAUCAGCCUCUCCCAGUGCAAGAGGGCACCUAAAACUGGAACACAAGCAACCAUUGGACAGGAUAUUACCCCUCCAGCCAACAUGGGCCGUAAAUUUUCAGCACCAGGUUACCUCUGUCCAGCACCUUCCACGGCGUCCAGCAAUACAUCCACCACCACUCACCUGCCUAACCCAGCCAACCCCUCAGCCUCUCUGGGGCCUCGUAAAGGCUCUCUGGGACCAGUCGUCCAGGGGUUUGGAUAUGCCUCAGCCCCUUACAGUGCUCCCCAGUGGGCAGGACCCACAGGCACAUCCCAGGUUAGCAUGCUUAACCCUGCACAGCCACUAAAGCAGUACCAGCCACCUACAACAGCUUCAGCAUCCUUGAACCAAGGCUACCAUGUGGGAACAACACCAGCCAGCCAGAAGUCAGUUCCUGGAGGAUCCAACCCAAGGCCUACGUAGCCCAGACAGAGCCCUGCUCCAGGUUGAGAUCAACAGGGCGAUCGAGAACCACUUUCUCAAUUUACGAUUUGCUGGUUAGCUGGCAUUUCAUUGUGAUAUUUUUUUUUUCCUUUUUCUAUUUAAACUUUUAACAUUAUGUAUUAUUUCUGUAAAGAGUUGCCCUGCGUGGUUCUUGUCCUUUCAGGCAGAAUUAAGCCUGUCUGGCAGUUGGCGGGAGAGUGCAAUACACAUCCACAGCACAAGAGUCUCACAUUCAGCCUGACAUUAGCUGUGGAAAUGAGCUGUGACGAGUCAGGUGGUUGUGUCUGGUGAUGUAUUGACCCAAAGUCGUAACCAGCAGCAGCCAAAAUGUGUCCUGUGAGAGCAGAUAUUGCAAUAUUGCCAUUCCUUAUAAGGGGAGAAGGUAAGGAGGGAUUAUGGUUCAUAUCCUUACUGAUCUGGACUUUAAACCAAGCUGGAACUGAAGACUGUUGAAUUUUCAUGGCACGGACACGUGUGCAUACACAUGUGACUGAUCAUUAACCUGGUAACGACUUAGGAUGGAGAGUAAAGUUGUCUCAGUGAGUGAGAAUGAGGGUACAGAAAGUGUGAAAUAAGAGUGGGACAGUUAGAUUAUCCCAGAAGGGAAAGUAAAGUGAUUCAAAGUUAGGUGAGGAAAGACUUGGUAAGUUAGGCGAGGAAAUGGAAAGGAUUACAUUAUCCCCAUAACUUGGAAGUAAAACGCAAUAACGGUGAAGUAGAUGAGCUGUCCCUUGUAACUGUGGCCUUAAUCCCCAAACACAUUUAAACAUUGGCUGUGUACAGAGAUUUCUUCACUAGGUUAUGAUUCUGUGUUCAACAUUUUCUGAGACUUUGCGUCAUUGUGAUUUGAGUUUUAUUUCAGAUCAAUUUAUUAUACUGAUUAAUUCUUAACUUCUGACAUAAAAGCCAGUGGACCUGCCAUGUCUAAAAGUAUUGUCCUGGUGUUGACCGCCAUUCAGUUUGGAACUGACAAGAUGCUGCUGGAGAUCACAAUCUGAGUGGAAGGUGCAUGUAGUGUUAAGUUUGUCUUUAUUUUUUUAUUUUUUCCCCCACACAUGAAACCACUUCACUUUAUGCUCAACUGUAAGAAAAUAACUUUCAGAAUAAAGUUAUCAUAACCUACAGAAAUAUUUUUUUUUAUUAGGAUGGUAGUCAAAUGUUUCAGUCUGAGGGAAGUGUCCGUACUUCUACCAGUUGUGUAGACAGAUGGUGCUUAGUUCAAAAAUAAACAGGUUGUUAGCUAAGUCAUGUCACAAAAUAUUUCAGCCCAAAACAUUUAACUUUAACCCCUCACAAGUGUCUGGGGUUGUCUGUCUGUGGUCUGUUUUUUGUAUGCAUAUAUUUAAUACAACAAUGUUCUUAAUGGACCUGUAUUCAGCCAUCAGAUUUUGAUGUUGUUUCACUGUAAUUAUUAUUAAGGGUUGUUAAACAACAUGUAGGUAAAGAAAUAUAAGAAGUGCAAUUGCAGGGUUGUUGUUAUUGGUAUAAUAUUCCCCAUGCAGGAUUUUAUCCUGCACUUUAUUAAGCUCUUCUGUCUGACUCCCCUGCCCUCAUUUUCUAUUUUAUCGUAUAUAUGCUAAUGUUAGGUAAAUGCUUUCACAUCAUUCUCAGUGACCAGAGUAUGCUUGUGGUGACCCACUCUUAAUGCACAUGCACUCAAACCUGUAAACACGAGGAACACUUUAGUGCCUUGCAUUCUCACUAUUGACAAGUUCCAGAUUCAUCUAGUCCUGCGGCUGUAACUGUGCUGCCCAGAAUAAGUAACAAAACCAGUGCACGAUGUCAUGCCGCCAGACACGGCCCGUUCAGAGCAUGCAACACUGAAACAGAGGCCACACGCAGGACUGCAAAACAAAGAGCACACCGAGUAAAGUGGAAACAUUUUCUCUACAGUUACAUUUGUGUGUUUGUGUAAUCCAGCUGUGUAUUUCUAUAUGGCUCAUGUGAACAUGGAUUUUUGCUGACAUUUGUUUUUGUGGUUUAUUAUUAAACAUUUUCAUAGAGGCACUUGUUCAGGCAGCAAGUUAGCUGAGCAAAGGUUUAAAAGUCGUCAUGCUGACUCGGCUAUUGUCUCAUCACCUCACAGGAGUGCCAUGCUGUUGUUGUGACUUUCGCCUGCUCUUAGAUUAACUUCUCUAGAGAAAAAAAGUGAGUUACUGCAAUGCAGAAUAUGCAAUGUUUAAAGUUUUAUAUUGUAGGGACAGAGGGGUAUUGAAAACAUUUGCAUGCUGUCCAGGGUUGUUACCAACUUCAACGUUUUUGAUAUCAGAAUAUCAACAUUUCUUUUCUUUCCUGACCGUAUCACAAGUUGUUAUUCAUCAAUAUCACAUGCACAAUUUCAGCAUCAGAUUAUCAGCAUGAGUCCUGCAUGCAUGCUUUACUGGUGUUAAAUCUUAUCAGUAACAAUCAACUUACAUUUGGCCAAUGUACAGCACAAGCUCACAAAGGUUAAGACCCAUGUACUACUAUACUAUCAUCAGACCUCUAUACAGUACUUUGAGGCCACUGACGCACAGUUAUACUCUAUUUUCUGAUUCUUCAUCGCGGAUUUCCUGUGACCCAGUGUCUGUUUUGUGUAUGUUUUCACAUUGUACAAAAUGUAAAAACAAAUAAAAAUAUCAAUUUCAAGUCA